AUGGACGGCUCCACGCAGGCCGGUAAAACGGUCGACUUUGAGUGGCUCGCCCGGAAGUCAAUCAUCCCAGCACGCACGGAUGAUCUGUUUGUCCAAUAUGAAUUUUUGUUUGUGGAGGUCUGCACGAGGUGGAUGAGUGCAGAAGUCACGCCUGAGCUGGAGCUUGCCGCUUUAGGAAGAAUAUUACCUCUUGCACCUCAUCUCGCGGAGCAUGCGGAGCGACUCGCCGCGUCGCCUCAAGUGCCGUUUCUCGGAGCGCAGCAAAGUGGAAUCCAAAGACGAGAUGUUGAGAGACUACCAGAGCAAGAGUUAUGUCAGGCUUUGCUGGGAUGGUUUCGCCUCAUGAGCUUCGACUGUCGGAGUUUUGCGAAGUAUAUGCGACCAGCUGCUGUGGAGCAGCUCUUUCAGCACACGAAUCCGUGUGUACGGUAUCUGGCAGUCAGGAAUUUCUGCCUGUAUGUGCAUACGGCGGAUCAUGCAAUGCAAGAGAUGGUCAAGAGAGUCGUUGGAAAGGUCGAGGUCGAGGGCGUAUGGGAAGGUCGAACCAUCGAUUUUGUAUUUUUGUCGUUGUGGGAGGAGAAGAGAUGGAAAGAGCUGCAGUCGAGAUUACAACAAAACCGGUCGGUAGAGGCGCGACAAGUCCCAUCAGCACUAGCUCGACAGCUUUCGCCCUAUACCGUCAACGUCAGUGGAGUGUUACUGCCGCGUUUGGAUGGAGCUCCAUCAAAGGAAAGGCCGUUGGAAGUUAUCUCGACACCUACGACGGAGUCCAAUCUGCAGAGUAUCGCUCAUGGUUUGUUAGGCUCAAGCCCUCUUCUACUCACGGGCCUUGCGGGAUCCGGAAAGACGCUACUCACACGGUAUCUAUCAUGGCAACUAAAUAAGCUGGACAGCAUGGUCACUCUCCAUCUGAACGAACAGAGCGAUGCGAAGUUGCUUGUAGGCAUGUACGCCACUGGGGCAAAACCCGGAACCUUCAGUUGGCGACCCGGUGUGCUCACGACAGCCGUCCGAGAAGGCAGAUGGAUUUUUAUCGAAGAUCUUGAUCGAGCGCCGAACGAGGUCGUCAGCACUUUGCUUCCUCUCAUCGAGCGCGGCGAGUUGCUCAUCCCAAGCAGGGGAGAAACCGUCCGAGCUGCAAGAGGUUUCAGGAUCAUCGCCACUAUGCGCAGCACGCUCAAUCCGCGAGGCCAGGAAAUUGUUCCCCGCCAGAACAUGAUUGGUCACCGCUUUUGGAAGUCUACUACAGUCCACAUGCCAGGGCUCGACGAGUUUGAGAAGAUCGUGUCAGACAAGUACCCAGCACUUGGCAAGCACGUAUCGGGUAUUAUGAGAGUUUAUGCUCGCCUGCUUGACUUGUACUCAGAUGCAAAGUUCUCUUCGGAGAAUGGCACAUCGCUACGGGCACUUACGCCGCGAGAUCUGCUGAAAUGGUGCGAUCGCAUCGCAGUCCUGCUAGCAAAAUCUUCUUCCUUCAGCGAGGCUCAAAGGGAUGACAUCUUUAUGGAGGCAUUCGACUGCUUUGCGGGCAGCUUGCGAAGUGAACACACUCGAGCACGAGUGAUGGCGUGUGUGGCUGAAGAGCUUCACAUCGAUCCUCAACGGCGAGAUCAUCUCUUACAGAAUCGAGAUAUCAAGCUUGAAGCUCCAGCCAAGAGCACGUCCUCUGGCACCAUAAAGAUAGGAAGGACACGGCUCUCAAGACACAAGAAUACAAAACUGAACACUACGAGCAGGCCUUUUUCAACGAAUGGCUACACUUUGCGACUACUCGAGAAGAUUGCAGUAGCUGUCGAUCGUCAAGAACCACUACUUCUUGUAGGCGAGACGGGUACUGGAAAGACAACAUGCAUCCAGUACCUAGCCGAGCAGCUAGGAAGGAAUCUCAUUGCAUUCAACUUGUCGCAACAGAGCGAAAGUGGCGAUCUGCUUGGCGGUUAUAAGCCUGUCAACGUUCGUAGCCUUGUCAUUCCUAUGAAAGACGAGUUCGAUGUGCUGUUCGACACCACGUUUUCGCGAAAGAAGAAUCAGCGAUUCAUGGAGAUGCUUGGAAAGCGUGUCGCAAAGGGCAAUUGGAAAGGUGUGUGCACGCUCUGGCGGGAGGCAUUAAAGAUGGUAGAUGCAGCACGCAAAGCACACGAGUCGCAGACCUCAUCGCCAGAUCCUGAUGGUGGCCAACCCAAAAAGAAACGCAAGAUGGAUUCGCUACCAGCCACGUUUCUCGGAUCGCGGUGGGAUAAAUUCGCAACAGACCUGCAUGAUCUCGAGGCGCAGCUUGCGAAUGGCUCUGAGGCAUUCGCAUUCUCUUUUCUCGAAGGCAACAUUGUAAAGGCUGUCAGGAAUGGUGACUGGGUCUUACUCGACGAGAUAAAUUUGGCAUCUUCGGACACGCUCGAGGCUCUUGCGGAUCUUCUGGGUGGAGGUCCAGAUGGCGCGCCAUCCAUUUUGCUUACAGAAACGGGCAAUGUCGAACGUGUGAUCGCUCACCCAAAUUUCAGAGUCUUCGCAGCUAUGAACCCGGCAACCGAUGUAGGCAAAAAGGACUUGCCACCGGGCAUCCGAUCUCGGUUCACUGAGCUGUACGUUGAGAGCCCCGAUAGCGACAAGAAGAGUCUGCAGAGCAUCGUAGAGAAAUACCUGGGAGGAGACCAGCUUGACACCACCAUCGUUCGGGUGGCCUCCGAUGUCACGAAGCUCUAUCUCAAGAUUCAAGAGCUGGCUAGGGCGAAUAUGCUGGUAGAUGGCGCAGAACAAAAGGCACAUUUUAGUCUUCGCACACUGACGCGGACACUCUCAUAUGCCCGUGAGAUUGCGCCGCUAUGUACAUUACGCCGUGCGUUGUUCGAAGGCUUCCACAUGAGCUUUCUUACGUUCCUUGGCAAGGCGUCGGAAGAUCUCGUCGCACCGCUCAUCAAAGAGUACCUCUUCCAGCAAAAGUCCGUUAUGAAAUCUGAGCUGGGCAAGCCGAUGCUCCAGCCAAGUGAUGGGAGGAGUUACGUUAGGCAAGGUCACUAUUGGCUUCGACAAGGUGGGCAGCCGGUCGAGGAGCAACUUCACUAUAUCAUUACGCCCUUCGUUCAACGCAACAUGAACAACUUGAUCCGAGCUUCCUCAACGCGGCGCUAUCCUGUACUGAUUCAGGGUCCUACAUCCUCUGGAAAGACCAGCAUGAUCGAAUACCUCGCGAAGCGGUCGGGCAACAAGUUUGUGCGCAUCAACAAUCACGAACAUACUGACCUGCAGGAGUACUUGGGAUCUUAUGUUUCGGGCGCUGACGGCAAGCUUACUUUCCAAGAGGGUAUCCUUGUUAGAGCAUUAAGAGAAGGUCACUGGAUCGUGUUGGAUGAACUGAAUUUGGCGCCCACCGAUGUUUUAGAAGCCCUCAAUCGACUUCUCGACGACAACCGAGAACUGCUGAUACCGGAAACCCAAGAGGUAGUUCGACCCCACGAAGACUUCAUGCUUUUUGCAACGCAGAAUCCUGCAGGCCUAUAUGGUGGACGAAAAGCCUUGUCUCGGGCCUUCCGCAAUCGUUUCUUGGAACUUCACUUCGACGAUAUUCCAGUAGAAGAGCUAACGGAAAUCUUACAUCGACGUACCAUGAUCCCCGAAUCAUGGUGUAAGCGAAUCGUCAGUGUGUACCAAGAGCUUUCCAUCCUACGACAAGAGAACCGAAUAUUCGAGCAAAAGAGUUUUGCAACACUUCGGGACCUGUUUCGCUGGGCUCAGCGCAAAGCAGAUACGAUUCAAGAUCUUGCAAGUAAUGGUUACAUGCUGCUUGCUGAGCGCGUACGGAAAGAAGAGGAGCGAAUAGCCGUCAAGAAGAUCAUCGAGACUGUAAUGAGUAAGAAGGGCCCAAAGGUGGAAAUACAGGAGGAGAUCAUGUUUAGUGAAGAUGAUUCACCGGAAAUCAAGUUAUGCAAGGAGAUGACUGGUGCGGAUGCCACUGUUGUCUGGACAAAGGCAAUGCGGCGGCUGUUCGUAUUAGUCGCACAUGCUAUCCGCAACAACGAGCCUGUGCUGCUUGUCGGAGAGACAGGAUGUGGCAAGACAACUGUCUGUCAAAUGCUCGCAGAUGCCUUUCAAAAGCAAUUACACAUCCUGAAUGCACAUCAAAACACCGAGACUGGCGACUUGAUUGGUGCGCAAAGGCCGAUUCGAAACAGAGCUGCGGUUGAAGACCUUCUCUACAGGCAAUUACAGGAGGCUUUGGGUCCUCAUCACCAGUUGCAAGAAGUGGCCCCGGGAUUAUCAGAGCUGCUCGGGAUAUACGACAGAUUUUUAGCCGAGAGGCCAGACGCACUUGAUCUCAUCUCUCUUUCACAUCGCGAAGAGAUUCAAGCGAACCGCAUCAAGGCUGCAGCUUUGUUCGAGUGGGCUGAUGGAAGCCUAGUCCACGCAAUGAAAACUGGACAAUACUUCCUACUGGACGAGAUAUCACUUGCAGACGACUCUGACCUGUGGACUCCCCUGGUCAUUGCAACCCAAGGCUUUCAGUUCCUCGCCACAAUGAAUCCCGGUGGUGAUUACGGCAAGAAGGAGCUGUCGCCUGCUCUGAGAAAUCGUUUCACUGAGAUAUGGGUGCCUGCUCUAUCAGAUGACGAGGACAUUACACAGAUUGUUCAAUCGAAGUUGAAGCCGAGCGCUGUGCAGUAUGCGGGAGAACUCGUCUCGUUCUCUAAGUGGUUCAACAACAAGUACGACACCUCUGCUGCAGCAUCUAUAUCUAUUCGAGACACACUUGCUUGGGUUACGUUCGUCAAUAACUCUCCAAGCGACGAACCGGUCUUCGCCAUCGUACAUGGUGCUGCUAUGGUCUUCAUCGAUACGCUAGGGGCAAAUCCUGCAGGCCUGCUCGCUAUAUCUGCAGCAUCGAUUGAUGAGGAACGCAUGCUCCUUGACGAGGACGUAACGCCGAUAUAUUUCGGUUCCACCACGGUCGCCUCGAACCCGAAAAGUCUUCAAUUGGGACCUUUUUCGAUUCCGAAAUUCUCAUCAACGACUGCCGAGGAUGUCAGCUUCUCGCUCGAAGCGCCUACUACACAACUGAAUGCCACCAGAGUUGUGCGUGCUUUGCAGCUGUCAAAACCGAUCCUGCUUGAGGGUAAUCCCGGUGUCGGUAAGACCACGCUUGUUACCGCUCUUGCCCGAGCAAUUGGGAAGCCCCUCACUAGACUUAACCUGUCCGAGCAGACAGAUCUGAUGGACUUGUUUGGAUCCGACGUACCCGUUGAAGGCGGACAAGCCGGAACCUUCGCUUGGUGCGACGCGCCCUUCCUCAAGGCUAUGAAGAAUGGCGAUUGGGUGCUGCUUGACGAGAUGAACCUUGCAUCUCAAUCUGUACUUGAAGGUCUGAACGCGGUGCUUGAUCACCGUGGCGAGGUUUAUAUCUCAGAGCUCGAUCAGACAUUCCACAAACAUCACGACUUCCGUGUAUUUGCCGCACAGAAUCCUCAUCAUCAAGGUGGUGGUCGAAAAGGCCUUCCGGCGUCUUUCGUUAAUCGGUUCACGGUUGUUUACGCCGAUAUAUUCCGACCCGAGGAUUUGUCUCUCAUCUGCCGCAAAGUUUUUCCCGGCAUUGCUGAAGAGGAAGUCAAAAAAAUGAUCACAUUCGUCGCACAGCUCGAUGAGCAAGUUGUAAGUCGCCGCGCUUUCGGACACCUUGGCGCGCCGUGGGAAUUCAAUUUGCGAGAUACCCUUCGUUGGCUACAGCUGCUUACCUCGCCACAAUUCUCUGGGACUGCAAGAGACUUCCUAGAUACUGUCUUCGCCCAGCGCUUCCGUUCAGAGACAGAUCGCGUUCAUCUUUUCAAACUUUUCGAGUCGAUAUAUGGUCAGCAUGAUCCUCGAAUCACACUUCACCACAAUCUUUCCUCGUCGACUUUACAGGUUGGAAUGGGCUUGCUUCCCAGACACCAUGCCGUUACAAGGCCUGAUCCUACGUCUACUUUUCGUAUCAGACAGUUGGCUCCGAUGGAAGCGCUCGUGGUUAGCGUGAGGCAGAACUGGCCUGUGAUACUGGUCGGGCCACCCGGAUCAGGAAAGACCUCAAUGCUAAACCAGGUUGCAUCAUUCGCUGGUGCCAGCAUGGUCACUUUUUCAAUGAACGCAGAUAUCGAUGCCAUGGAUCUUGUUGGCGGCUACGAGCAGGUUGAUCCGUCUCGAGAGCUACAGCACUUCAUGUCAACACUGGAUGAGUUUGUCCGACGUGCACUUUCAUCCGCAGCGAAUCCAACACCAGUUGCGACUAGAUUACUAGAACUUCUCACCAACUACUCCCUUGCAGAUACACGAGAGAUCUUGGUGCUUCUGCAAGGCCUUGCACAAGAGAACCCCGCGUCCACAGAAGCCAUUCAACUCAGCCAAGAACUCGAGGUCCUCAUCAAUACACCCCAGCAAAUCGACGGUGCCCGCUUCCAAUGGGUCGACGGCAUUCUCAUACAAGCCCUCCAACAAGGAAAAUGGCUCGUACUUGAUAACGCCAACCUGUGCAGUAGCGCGGUUCUCGAUCGCCUCAAUUCGUUGCUCGAACCAAAUGGAUACCUUAGCAUCAACGAGCACUCGACUGCUGACGGUGAGGCGAGGGUCGUCAAACCGCAUCCUGAUUUUAGGAUCUUUAUGACUGUGGAUCCGAGGUUUGGAGAGCUAAGCCGAGCGAUGCGAAACAGAGCUGUUGAAAUUUGCUUGUUGGUUGAAGAAGGUGCUAACCAGGGUGAGGAGGCCGAGGCGGCAGUGGAAUACCCGCUUGACAGUCGAAUGUACCGCUUCCGGCAGUUGUGUAAGGUGGCUUCGAUUCAAGCUACGCAGCCGCAGCUUGAAAGCCUCUCGACCGUAGAUACCAGCUUGCUUCUAAGUUUUGAGAAGCAAGUGUCGAAAGGACUGCUUACAUACCAUGGCCAGUGUGCAACAACGCUUAACGGCAUCCAAGCUGGGUCCGAUAACACCAUGGAACAUCUACACCAUCAGCUACAGUUUUUCACUUCGGUGGCCGAUCCUCAAGCGCGAUCUCUUCAGCAUCUUCUCGGCGAUAACCAUGGUAUAGAUUCGACUCAUGCCUUGCAACCAUAUCAUCCACUCAACAACGAGCUCAUUCUUCGCCGUAGCAAAGUCUCCGAACUCCUCUCCAAGCGGUUCGCCUCAGUCUUCGACGUCUUGCUCGAAUGCUAUAACAUGCAGAAGGCUCUCGCGGAUCUUCCCUCCAUGAAAUUCGAGCGCCGGAAAGAACUGCAAAAGCUCCCUGCCUUCUUGUAUGCUUUCUGGCAGGGCAUAUCAUCGUGCAUUCAGGCCCUUGGCCACGCUGGAGACUCUAUGAGUUUGAUUGAGAUCGAAGGCUUGACGCCGAAGCUCUUGCGUCAACUAUUCUGGGCUUUCCACAAGCUAAUGACGGGGUCGAACUUCGAUCGCGCGACGUUUCAGACAUAUCUGAAGAUGCUGUCGGAUGUGCUAAUACGACUCAUGAAUGCCCCUGUACCAAUUGCUGUCGAUCUGGGUAAUAAGUUGUCCAAAGAGGUGUCAAAGUUUGGCAGCGACGUUCAAUUGAGUAGUGGGUUGGGCAUGGAACGCAUAUGGCGGCACUUCAAGCCUAAUACGUCGAAGACGCAGGCUCAGCUUGCUGCGUUGCUUGCGCUCGAGACCCUAGCCGACCGGCUGGAUGCGACAAUGUGGAAAUCGCAUUUGAAGCUGGACGAGAUGAUACAGAUCCGGGAGCGGUUUGCCAGCUCCUUAGAGCUCGUCAGGACACAAGACGUUGAUGCUGGCGAGCUUGUCACGGCGCUCGAAAUCGCCGUCCGCGAACUCGAAGGCAGUGUUGGCGAGGACGAUGUCACGGUCACGCCCUACUUCGAGGAUGUUUUUGAAGGACUGAAUCAGUAUCUUGACAUCGCGCAAAGUCCUAUACCAACUUCGGAUCGCCGGUACAUUGCGCCAACCGCUGAUGUGCCAGUUGUGCGAGCCAAAUCCUCAUUACUUGCGAGAAGACCGACAAAGUUGGCCAAACUUGCGGACGAGCCAAUGGAGCAAGUUGGUGCGUGGGGCAAUAUGGACCGUCUAGCUCGGUACAUCGGAUUGCACAAGCAGGCUAGUCAACUUGUUGCUAUUGAAGGGCGGGUCCACACCGCUAUGCUCUCGCGUCUUCGGGGUGCGGACGAUGUUCAGCUUGCUCAGCUGGAGCGAUUCGAAGCAGAAAUUCAGGUUCUUGCCCAGGAGCUUGUCUUAGACUCGGAGCACUUUACCAAUCACCAACACGAUGCGCUGUCCUGGAUUUACCGCCAAAUUCUCAAUGGGCUUUAUUCAUCGCAUUGCGUUGAUAUUAUAGCUCAAGUCGAUCAAAACUCAUUGGAGUUCCACCCUACAGCACCCAUAUCAAAGGAUUAUCGCAGAGCCCUGGCCCCUUUAAAACAGUGUUUCCACCACGCAAGUGCCUUCAACAAAAUGGACUCCCAGGCUUGGAUUUUGCUAGCCCUGACGGGUUUGAACCUCUACGUGCCAAACUACCCUCAUGAUCCGGCAUUGCGACCCAUGAUUGAGCGUAACUUGUUCGACGAAGAAAGAACCGGUCUUCUAUGUGCACUACAAAUGUUACGCGAAUUCCAGAUUGAUGUAACUGGCCAAGAGAGCAGCUUCCGCAUACGGCAAACAGAGAGCGCGAUCCGCGAAAUGGGAGAAGAGCCACCGGUACCCGCCAUCGUUCGACCCCAGGUUUCCCAGCUUGAUGCUCUCCAGGGCGAGUUUUCGAACCUAUUGAGCGUGAUACAACCACUUAGCGCGGGAGCAUUGUCCGUCAGAGAGGCUGCUUUAGACAAUACGCUGAAGCAGAACAUUUCACAUAUCAUACGGAGGCUGACAGAAGGAUAUCGGAGCUAUGAUGAUAUUACUAGUCCUGCUGUUGGCUUCCUCGUGUGUCUCAGCAUUGGUCUGUCGCUUGGCGCGAUAGAGCAGGAAGAGGAGAGCGAUGUCUCUAGAUCAUUCGCAUACAUCACAAGAUACACUCCAUUCUUCGGGUUUCACGCUUACCACACGCGCAACAUAAACUCUGAGAUCUUGAUCCACCAGUGCGAGGUCGAGUUGGCAAGGAGUCAUCAUGCCGUGGACCUCAGAUGGCAUGCUCUGCACUGCUUGGCUAUCAUCAAGGCCGUAGACGCGCAGUACCUGUCCGCCGAGAGGCCUAGGCAUCUCAUCCACAAUCUCUUUUCGUCUCUCUACGGCGAGUGGAAGGCGCAGCUUUUGAAAGACCAGCAAGACGAAGCCAAGAACAGUAGCUUAUACACCUACCGUGGCGAAGAAGAGGAUGACGAUGAAGAAGACCGCUCGCUAUUCCCAGACUACGAGGACGAGGGUACCAUGCAGACAACACAGUCUUCUACUUCUCGCGAACACGCCAUCAGGCUUGCUAAUAUGCAUGCUUCAAUCUUCCUUAAUAGCGACAGUGCCUCUGACGGUAUAAAAGCACUACUCGAAUGGUGCGCCAGAGAGAUGAGUCGUGUAGCAGAAGGCAAAGCACACGGCUCCCAGUACGAGUUCGCUUUGCCCGCCAUUUACAUUGCGCUCGAGAAGAAAGCAGACACACUCGCAUCUUCGGGACAAAACAAAGCGUACAACUUCUACUUCGAUGCCAAUCUCCCAGAAGCAAAGCGAAUGAUGGCCUUAAUUCACCGCAUCCAAAUUCGAUAUCGACAGAUUCGCAGCAUAUGGCCCGAACACGCCACCCUGUCGGAGGUCCUGCGCACAUGCGACGAAGCGCUCGAGUUUCGACAUGUCGAUCCUAUCGCAAAGCUGAUCACGAAACUAGAGAAACUACACGGGUACAUGUACGAGUGGCAACGGGUCGCGAGCAAGGAGUUUAGCACCGCACCUCUUUUCGAUGACCUCACAAGCCUACUUGUGAGUUGGCGACAACUCGAGCUUACGACAUGGGCGCGGUUGUUCGACAUGGAAACCGCCAAGUGCCGUGAUAGUGCUAAUAGUUGGUUCUUCGUCGCGUACGAGACUAUCAUUGCCGCUGCAGAUUCGGUGGAAGACGCGCCCACCAUGAAGAUCUUCACAAAGGAUCUGCUCAAGACGCUCGAAGGCUUUUUCUAUGCCACUACACUCGGCCAAUACGAGCAGCGCAUCAAACUCCUACAACAAUUGCACGCACACGUUGUCAUGCGGGUGCAAGAUAACGGACUCUUCGAGACCCUGGGUACCGCACUGGAAAACUUCAUCACUUACUUUUCCCGCCUGCAGAAGCCUGUGCGCGAAGCACUCGCCCAGGGACGCCAGAAGCUUGAGAAACAGGUUGUCGAUGUGAUCAAACUGGCUAGUUGGAAGGAUACGAACAUCGAAGCCCUAAAGCAGAGUGCGAAGACGUCGCAUCGCAAGCUGAGUAGGUCGGUGAGAAAGUUCAGGGCGAUACUGAAUCAGCCCGUUUCCGGUAUUGUUAAUGCUGGCUUUCCUGAGGAGCAAAUCCCAAUUACGGCGAUCGUUGUGGGUGAGGUGGGUACCACUGUUUCGCCCACUGCUGUUGCGCUGUGUGAAAAGAACGUCCAGGGCUGGAGCUCUCGGCCUACAAGAUUCAAGAACCUGGUUGUCACUGUGCCUAUGAUGCGUCGGAUGACGAUACCCAACACUGAGACCAUCGACGGCGCUAUUUACAUCGACAGCUUCAUCGUUGACCUUGAGAGUUCCAUUGUUGAGCUUCAGAAAGCCACUCCUACAACGCUGACAGAGGAGACCAAGGUGACUGUUCAGCAUCUCAAAACCCGGAAGCGCAAGGUCUACGCCGACACGAUGAAAGAGCUCCGCCAGAUGGGUGUCAAGGCCAACCUGAGCACUGAGCUAUUGGCGCGGCAAGACGAGCUCUCCACGGUGCUGUCUGCUCUGCCUCUCGUUGGGGCUGGGCAAGGAAGCGGUGCUGAGUUCUUCCUCCACAAGGCGCUGAGCAUGAUGGAACAAGUUCGGGGCAUGGCUAAGGAACAUCACGGGGAUUUGACGAGCAACGAUAUCAUGAGAAGUAUUGGAUAUCUUGAGGGCUUGCUGCAUGCUUCAAUCCGACAACGCAGCCUCUUGAGCAAGGCGACGAAUACUCUCACACGGCUGCAAGUUCCGAUCUCAAAAAUAGUGCAACUCUCUGCGAUGCAUGAACAGAAUGUUGUGCGCGUAACAACGGCUCAAGUCGCAGCUGGGGCUACUGUGCGGCCCAGUAUCUCGUGGCUCUGCGCUAUCCUCGAUACCGGCGCAGAGGUCAUUGCUGCUCAGACAAAACUUGGAAAGAUCGCAGAAAUAGAUGAGCUAAGAAUUGACAUGCGGAAGUGGAGUGGUCAACUACGCGAUUCAGCUGAUGAGUUCGACCACUUACCGACCCUGCCGUCGAAUGUGUGGUCCGAAGCUCACAGCCACCUCGAGCAGUCUAUUCAAAACCAACUGGAAGAUUUCGGCAAAGUCUUCAAUACCUGGAUGGAGCGCUUCCCCGUCUCUCGCAUUGUGCUCAAGCAUGUCGAGAGCUUUCUAUUCUCUUACCCCAAUGCCACCUCAGUCAUGGCCAGUGAACAGCGCGUCACGGUGGAGUCACAUUCGAAGGAAAUCCUUGCAGCUAUAGACCUAAUUCUCGGGUCGAUGCAAGAUGUUGAGAGUGCGCUGAAGGGUCUACCUACCUCGACCGAUGACGCUGCCUGGCUAGUCAAGGAAGAAGAAGCAUUGUCUGUCGCCAUCAAUGCGCUCCAUGCUCCGCAAAUCGGCGAGGCGAUCACAACACUCCUCGAGAAGGUUCACCUUACCUCUGGAGACGACAAUUUGCGUGUCAUCGCGGCCCUGUUUAGCACAGUGCAGCCUCUUCUAGACCAAUACCUCGUCUCCUAUGUAUCCCUCGUCGACCGCUUCUCCACCUUGCACACCUCAACAUCUAAGUUGCUCCACCGUCUCGCUAAAUCCUUCAUCCAGGUCGGCACCCAAGGCUUCUGCCGGCCCCCCGAGAAGUCUUCCGACCAAGACGAUAAGUCCAAGGACGAGAAACUCGAAGAAGGGACAGGUCUCGGCGCUGGUGAAGGCGCAGAAGACAUCUCGAAGGACAUCGAAGAUGAUGAGGACCUUGAAGAGUUGGCGCAAGAAAAGGGCGAAAGGGAAGGCAGUAUCGAAGACCAGGAAGAUGCUGUCGACAUGGGCGACCAGGAGAUGGAGGGUGAGACGGGUGAGACGGCCGAAAAGGAGGAUAAGGGUGAUGAAGAAGGCGAGGAAGGUGAUGAUGAUGUGCAGAGCGAGGUUGGAAGUGUGGAUGAUCUUGGACCGAGUGCGGUGGAUGAGAAGAUGUGGGACGAAGGUGGAAAGGAGGAGGAUCUGAAAGAGAAGGAAGGCAAGGAGGAUGUUGGCACCGAGAACCAGGAUGAGCAGGUCGCUGCUGAUCAGCAACAGAAGGAUGGCAAAGAUGAAAAGAAAGAUGAGAAAGAGGAUAAGGAAGGCGGCGAAGAAGAUGAGGAGAUGGAGAUGGAGGGAGAAGAUCAGGAGGAGAAUGUAGGCGUGGGGGAGACGGAGCAGAUGGAUCCGCAUGCCAAAGAAGAGGAGACGCUUGAUCUACCGGACGAGCUUAACAUGGAUGGCAACGAAGACGACGAGAAGGGUGAUGACAACAACGAUGACAUAGAUAUGGAUGAUGAUCUGCCGGAAGAGGAGAUGGAGGGAGAAGCUGGUGCUCAGCCUGACACUGUUGACGAAGAGAUUGGUCCCGAGCAAGAAGGCGAAGAAGAGAAGGAAACCACAGGCCACGUCGAGGACGAAGAGAUGAAGGAGGAAGAGGAGCAGGAGCAAGAAGGCGAAGAGCCGGAGGACGAUGCUGUACCUCUACCUGAUGAUCAUGUUGUAGAAGACAUGUUGAACGAUACAAAGGACGAACGUCAGGCUGACCCGGAUGCCGAGGCUGGCGCAGGCGCAGACGCCAACGAAGAAGCGCACAAGAACCAGCAGGAACAAACAUCCGCCAGUGCUGCUAACCGUGACGAGGGCGCCGAAGGCGAGUCAGCAGAGCAGCAACAAGAAACCACUGCUGAAGACGGCACUCUGGGUCAAAGUGCUCAACCUGAUGCUGGUGGCCGUGGUGAACAGCCUGAAGAGUCACCUGAGACGCAAUCUUUCAAGAAGCUGGGCGAUGUACUGGAACGAUGGUACAACCAGCAGAAGCAGAUUUCAGAUGCUCGCCAAAAGGACGAGACUCAAGUGCAGCAGAUUGACAAAGAGGUCGACAUGGCCAAUGCUGACUUCGAGCAUCUGCAAGAUGAAGAGGAGCAGGCUGAUACGCAAGCCCUAGGCACGGCAACUGAAGAACAAGCUAAAGCUUUGGAUCAUGACAUGGCUAUGGCAGUCGACGAAGAAGAAAAGGGCGCUGCUCGACCAGAAGACAACGAAGAGGUACAAGAUACGCAGCAAGACGUCGACAUGCAAGACAACGAACCCGCUCAGCAGGAAGAACAAGAAGCUCAGCAGCAGUCUACUACCGAUGGCCGUCCUCAAGCCUUCAUCGGCGAGCAAAAGCCUUUCACAGAGGGUGACGAUGACGCCAGCAUGGACGACGCCAUGCCUAUCGAAGAUGAUAUUUCUGAUAGCUCCUCAGUCGACGAGGUCGAAACCAAGUUGGACCUCGUCCAUCUCGAUGACCUAUCCGCGCUCACGCCAGAAAGUGCCCGUGCUCUAUGGCUCUCUCACGAAGCAUCUACGCACUCGCUAUCUCAACAACUCACCGAGUCGCUUCGCCUUAUCCUCGCACCGACCCUCGCUACUAAGCUCCGCGGCGACUUCCGCACCGGCAAACGUCUCAACCUCAAGCGCAUCAUCCCGUACAUCGCGUCCAGUUACAAGCGCGACAAAAUCUGGCUACGGCGAUCUUUGCCCUCCAAACGGUCCUAUCAAGUCAUGAUCGCCCUAGAUGAUUCCAAAUCCAUGGCCGAGAGCGGCUCCAGCAACCUCGCACUGAAAACGCUCACCCUCGUCGCACGUAGCAUGGCCAUGCUCGAAGUCGGCGAAGUCGCCGUUACUGGCUUCGGCGACAACAUCAAUGUCGCGCACGACUUCGACAAGCCAUUCACUAGCGAAGCUGGCGUCAAGGUCUUCGAGCAAUUCGGCUUCAACCAGCAGAAGACAGAUGUGCGGGGUCUGGUUCACAAGUCGCUCGAUCUGUUCGCUGAAGCGCGACGUAAGGGUAGUAGUUCGGCAGGCGAAGAUCUCUGGCAGCUCAUGCUCAUCGUGAGUGAUGGUAUCUGCGAUUCUCACGCUGAGAUCCAGCGUCUUGUUCGCCGCGCACAGGAGGAGCGCGUUAUGAUAGUUUUCGUGAUCAUCGAUUCCUCUGCCUCGUCUCCUGUUAAUCAGUCCGAAACCGCAGCCGCAGAGGCCGAAAAAGUACAAAAGGGCAUCAUGGAUCUGCAAUCUGUGGAGAUUUCGCCCGAGGGCAAGGUCGUGAGAUGGAAGUAUAUGGAAAGGUUUCCUUUCAGGUACUUCUUGGUGGUGAGGGAUGUGCGGGAGUUGCCAGGGGUUUUGGCGGGGGCGCUGAGGCAGUGGUUUGGGGAGGUUGUGGGGAGUGUUUAG